CUGACAGACUUCAAAGAGCAUAAACAUGUUCAGGUUAGAUUCUCUUUGUCACUUUGUCAGUCAACAGUUUCUGGUGUUUGAAGGCCAAAAUUAUCGUUAACAUUAUUACAACGUUGAUUAGUUUUCGAGUUCCAUGAGCUUUCAGACUGUUCGGCAUGAUUUUCGAUAAGAAUGUAGACACUCGCUAGUACGCUGAAAAUUAAUGUCAAAAUUUUUGUUUCAUUUAGUUAUUGAAUCUAAUUAUUAGGAUUUCAUAAUGGAAGGUCAGGAUUCGAAUAAUGGUGUUUGUGUUGAGGAUGUUUUUGCAGACUAUGAUAAGUUGAGUGAUUUAUGCGAAAAUAAUGCAGAUUAUUAUAAAAAUGACACUAGUUCAGUGGGUAAAAAAAUUUACAAAAGUCUUAUGUCAAUAGUUGAAAAUUUGAUUCUCAUCAGACCUCUUGUUGAAUAUUAUCGAGAAAUCUGCCCAAAAUAUGAUUUUGAUGAGAAUUCACGUGGAAAUGGAUAUCGGAGCUAUGUUUUGGUGACAGACUCAUUUGUUCGACACGGUGUGAAAGUUAAUAAACAAAUAUUUUCCAACCGAAACUCGUAUUUUUUCAGGAGAGGAACAGCUUUGAAGGAACUGGAAGUGAUAGACCAAGGAGUGGGCUCCCUGCUGCUCAUCCUGACCCACUUGCAAGAGCUGAUCACAUGGGGCGACCCGGGCUCCCUCUAUCCCAGGGAGGAGCACGCCCCUGAGGAGAUACUUUACAGAGCCAACAACCUCAAUCAGUAUUGUUUCUAUGGAAGGAGUCUUGGCUUUCAGUUUUGCGAAUCGAUGCAUACAGUGCUGAAAGGGCUGGGAAUCCUGAUGGCAUCAUUCAGUGAGAUCUACUACAGCGGCGGCGGGGUCUUCGAACGGGCCACCAGUUCCCUGUGGAACAGUAGUAAAUAUUUGGUCAAUCCAGAACUGCGAGCAAAGAGAAUCGUUAAUAUUUCCCAGUAUGCAUCUGUAAACUUCUGUAAACAAUUCUGGUUCCUUGGAGAGAAUGAAAUGAUGAAAAGACUGCCGAAUCUAGUAGCUGCAUCAGUUGGAGUGAACCGGAUAAUCUCAAUUGCGCCGGAGCCGCUGACCAUUGAUCGCGUGGACGGAACUGCGCUGCAAGUGCCCAUCCCCUCUGCACACAUCGGCCCCAAGCCGCUCGAUGUCAGGCUCAUGUCUGCUCUCAAGUAUGAAGGCAUGAUGGGUGAAGCGAACAGCAAAGGCUUGAAGCCGCCAUCACGGGGCCUGUUGUUCCACAGUCACGGCGGCGGCUUCGUGGCACAGAGCUCACGGUCGCACGAGACCUACCUGUGCCAGUGGGCCAAGUGCAUCGGAGUGCCCAUCCUCUCCAUCGACUACAACCUCGCGCCGGAGGCUCCCUUCCCCAGGGCGCUCGAGGACAUCUUCUACGCCUACUGUUGGGCACUCAAGAACGCUGCUCUCCUGGGCACCACUGCUGAGCGCAUUGUCGUUGGCGGUGAUUCGGCGGGUGGCAACCUAUCUCUGUGCCUGACACUGAAAUGCAUCCAGAUGGGUGUGCGUCCUCCCGAUGGCAUCUUCCUCGCCUACACACCGGUCGUCAUCAGCUUUGUGCCCUCUCCGGCGCGUCUUCUCUGUCUGAUGGAUCCUCUUCUGCCUCUCGGAUUUCUCACCGGAUGCUUGAGAGCUUACGCAUGUACGCCUGAGGCUUACGCAGCUGCGGUGAAAGGCUUCGAAGAGAAACUGUGCCGCUCCUACUCAGUGCGCCCAGGUCUGGAAGAGUCCAAACGAUCCUACCUUACUAAACUUAGCCCUGUCAAAUAUGUAGAUACCACUGUUGAAAUCGAAAUCGAUUACUCGGCCGAAGAAAUGAAAGAAAAUGAUGCUAGACAAAUUGAGAAUUACAACGGACUCGAGCACUCGACGAAUGUGACAAACAAAGUGAAUACGAUCAAAGAAGAGAAUGUCGACGAAAUAUUCGAUAAAUAUGUGGCACACGAGGCCAACGGAAUUGUGCCCGAAGAGAACGGCAUGAAUGGCGAGGAAAAGGAGAAUGUGGAGAAUGGAUCGAUGAAUGGAAAUGGCAUUGCUAAUGGAAAUGGUAUUGCUAAUGGGAAAUCGCUGCCUGAUGAUAAGGCAUCUGCUGUCAAGUCUCCUGCCAAAGGAAAAACUUUAUCUGAGAGCGCGUCAGUUGAUGAUGAUGAAGAGGUAACACUGCCUAUUCCAGUUGAAAUGUUGAAAUUUGCAGUACCAAAUGAUCCUCUUCUCUCGCCAUAUCUAGCUUCUGAUGAAGAUCUCAAGAAAUUCCCUCCUUCGUGUUUCCUUACGUUACACAUGGACCCGUGCCUUGACGAUUGUGUGGAGAUGGCGAAAAAAUUGAAAAGACUGGGCACUGACGUGCAUUUGGAUGUCCUUGAAGGCUUGCCACACGGCUUUCUCAAUUUCUCUUUGUUGAGCAAAGAAGCGUACGAGGGAUCGAAGCUGUGCAUUGAGCGCAUAAAGAGUCUGCUCAACUUGCCAACCGAUGUCGUCGAGGAGACUCCGAGUCCCAGCACAUGAAUCUCACAUCACUUAUGUUGUUUUUGUAAUAUAUAAUCAAACCAUUUCCAUCUAAGUCAAAUUAUUUUUAACUGAAACAUGAUUUAGUGCAGCGCUUAGAGACGUCUUUUAUCACGAUAAGCUUAAUCAAAGGUAACAUAAUAUAUUUUAUAUAAUGCAUUUUGGUGUAUAGUAGUUCAAAAAUAAUACUAUAUAUUGGCCAUGACAUUUGAUUAUAGUUUGAACUAGAGAUAACUAACCAUCAAGUGAUAAUGUUGAGGGUCGUCUAGAAAUAUUGAGAAACUUUUUAGAGUAGAGUGGCUUCCUGUAUCAUUCUAGACUCUUGCAUCUGGAUUGAUGUACUAUAGGUAGCGCUCUAGGUCUAACUUCAGACUGGUUUUAUUGUGAAAGGUGCUGUGUCGUUUUAUUCCAAUUACUAGUAAUUUACUUCGUAUUGUAAACGUAGUAAUUUAGUGCUUUAAUAUAAGUUUAUUAGUCUAUUUUAUAACUCACAAUAUACGCAUCACCAUUUAAUAUUUAUGCUUAUUUUUCAUCAAUAAUAAUAUUUAGUAUGAUAAUUGUAUCAUUAAUUUUAGUUUUGUGUAAAUAAUUGUUCUAUUUUUGAUGCAAAUUAUAUAUAUUAUAUUGUUUCAGAAUAAUAUUGUUACAUAAAAUUUAUUUUAGAUUAUUUAGUUAUUCUCAUUGAGAUUUCAUUUGUUAUUAAUAUUGUCAAAGUAUUUUAUUCUGGUUGAAUAUCAUUUUAAAGAUCUUUUAUCAAGUCUACGGCGGAUAAUGGAAGAACGUUUUUUAUUGUUUGAAACUAACAAUAGUUUCUUUUUUUAAAUGAAUAUUUCAUUAGUCUUGAUAUAGGAAAGCCUAAUAUUAUUAUUUCAAUACACAAUAAAAAUUAUAAUAUGCAAAAAUUAAAUGUAAUUUUAAAAAAAAUCCUGAUGAGGAUAAGAAAAUAUUUUCAUUUUAUUUAGUUUUUAUCUCUGAAUAAUUAUCUUAAUUAUUUUCAGUUUUCUUCGAAAAUAAAAUAAGGUACAAAAUAAUAUUAUAUUAAUCAAAUUGUAAAUGUUGUGAUGAGACAUUUUUAAGUACUGAUAUUCCAGUUAGUUUUGAUAAUUUACUUCAGUUAUCAAUCCAGGUAUUUGAUGAUUACUAUUUAUAAGUUGAAUAUUUUGUCGGAUAUCCUAUGAGUUCCGAAUAAAAUAUAUAACAAAAUUAAUCUUCAUACUAUUUAUUGUAUUCCAGCUUUCCAGAACAAUUCUGUUUUUCCAAAGAUGCUGUUAUUAUACUUACUAAGUAUCAAUAAAAAUUAUUAGUUUUUUUAUUA